CAUAAGCGCGCGCACAACGCAAAUCUUCGGACCGAAGAAAGAUCGACUAUCUGGUGGCAACAGUUUUUCCGCAAAAAGGAUUUCACUUAUAGGCGGAGGAUGAGGCUUAUCGCGACGAUCUUCGUCGUCGCUUUCUCGGGCGCAGCAGUGGGUCAAGAUUUCGGCGGUCACGCGCUCUUCGUGAGAACCCCGGACGCGGAACCCGCACGCUCGAGAGUCCAACGGGCUGCUGCCCCAGCAUCGCCGGCAGACGUGAUGGCGCAAAAUAUCCUAGAGUGGAUUCAGGGACUCUACCAGCAGGGCGCACGUAAAAUUCGCCAGCAAUCGGAAUCGAACGCAUAUCUGCCACCCUUCAGCACUCAAAGACCGCCCGAGAAACCUCGACCCUUCCAACCGGCCACUCAGCCGAACGGCGUGACGAGUUUCCCCGCACAGAGGCCAUCGUCGCUCUAUACUCCACCAAACACUGGUUUUCCAUCACCCUCCCCGACGUUUCCGAGUCAACAACCCUCAUCGACGUAUGUGCCGCAAGAUUUCAGCGGUUCUACAUCCUACAAUCCUCGUCCGAGCCAGCCUUCAUACACCAACACGGGCUCGUCAGCCUUUCCUCCGCUGAGUUCCCCAAGCACCUAUGUUCCACCACAGUCGCCAUCUUUUCCAUCUACCACUCAGGGACCGCCUUUACCCGGCUCUACGAUAGACACAGGAGGAAGUAGCGCAGGAACAUUACAACCGCCAGUAUCGGGAGGAUACUCACCACCAGGUGGCUUCUCCACAUCGUACGGAUAUCCUUCGGAGCAACCUACUCCAAGCUUUCCUACCCCAGGUGGCGGUGGCUAUCCUUCUUCUGGCUAUCCGAGUUCCACUUCAACGGAUGGAUAUUCAUCAUCCACGCCCGGGAGACCGUUUCCUCCUUUUACUACGCCAGGUGGGACUGGAGGAGGUGGUGCCGUCACUACUCCCGGUACCCCAGGAACCCCCGGUACCCCAGGAACCCCAGGAACCCCCGGAACCCCCGGUGAAGCUGGUGGUGAAGAAGGCACUGAGGACGAUCUCAAUCAUCCACCACAUAUUCAUAAUCUUGACGUCGUGUGUAGCAAGACCAUGAUGACAAUUAACAUUGAAUUCAAUCGCGCGUUCGAUGGCGUUAUUUAUUCUAAGGGAUUCUUUAUGGAUCCGGAAUGCAGAUACGUAGAACAGAAUUCUGGUCAGACGAUGUACUCUUUCACUGUGAGCAUGGACUCGUGCGGUACUCAAUUUAUCAACGAGUUCGAGGGUGAAGCAGGCCAAGCGUAUUUGGAGAAUGUUCUUGUAUUACAAAACGAACCGGGUAUACAAGAAGUCUGGGACACAGUGCGAAGAGUGCGAUGCUUAUGGGAAGGAAACAUCAAUAAAGCUCUUACAGUCAAUUUUUCAGUAGACAUGUUGAACCAAGAGAUCGUUACUUUCAGCGGCGAUACGGCUACGGCGAAACUCGAUAUUCAAAUGGGUAAAGGACCUUUCGCACCUGCGGCUGACGGACUCGUGAAGAUCGGAGAAACAAUGACCUUGGUUGUCACUGUGGAAGGCGAUCCCGGUUUCGAUCUUCAAGUGCGCGACUGUGUGGCACGUGAUGAAUCUUCGUCGAACAUGUUGCAACUCACUGACGAAAGAGGUUGCAUCUUGAAGCCAAAACUGUUCGGUGCUUUCCAGAAGACAAACGACACCGGAAACACAGGCGCUUCUAUUAUUGCUUAUGCGUUUUUCCAAGCUUUCAAAUUUCCUGACGUUAUGGAUCUCUUCAUCGAAUGUAACAUCGAGCUCUGUAAAACAGAUUGCGAGCCUUGUCCAGAAGAGAAUCAACAAAUCGAACCGGGUAGACGUCGUCGGUCGGUAACGUACACGCCAUCUUCGAACAUCACGACGAAUCCGGUUCUGUUGUCGGAUCCAAUACGUAUCGGUCGACGCUUCAAAGUGAUCAUGCUGGAUGAUUUGAGCGCAGCGUCCAGUCAAAUUCUCGAAAGCAUGGAAGAAGCGGCAAUAGAAAAAAUGACAAAGGCAACUAAUGUUUGCAUGAGUAACAGUGGUUUUUACACAACCUUUUCCGUCAUGCUAAGCACGCUCUUUAUCGCCGCGAUAAGCACGGCUGUGCUAUAUGUGAAACUUCAACGGAUCCGUAGAACAAAAUUCGUGGACUCGUAAGAGGAUGAUCUUUACAGUAUUUUUUAAUUUUACUACCCUUCUCCCCUCAACAACGGCAGGAAGUUGCUUAGUGAACAAUAAACGCGUGCCAGUAAUUAAAUAAUAAUUAAGCAAUUAAUAAGCGAUCGUUUUAUCCUAUUGCUUCGUUUAGUUAUGAAGGAAUUGCUGGGAGAAAUGUCGAAGAAAAAAAUUGUAUACGCAGAGAUAUAUCCGGAAUUUUGUUGUCAACAGCUGUCAUUUAGUUAGCAAAACAAUUGCGACGAAAAUUUUAUUCAAACCUCGUUGCUUUUUUUUUUUUUAUAUCCGUAAAUUUUGAUAUGUAGCCUGUUAUCUGAGCAUAAGAAAUUUGUUCUUUGCCUGGCAGCAGAACAAGGAUACAGCCAUAUAUUUUACAUAUCAAUUUAUAACCAUGUCUAACUAUUUGUGCAAUCCUCGGACAAUACUGCUCAUUUGCGUUAUAUUGAAUACUUGUGUUGUAUUUAUUACAUAUUUUUCAGUAAUAUAGAUCUUAAGAAUAUCACAAUAAAUUAUAAUAUUUGUAAAAAAAGAAAAUAUCUUAUGCCUCUUUCUGCUUUAUCAACUAUA